AUGCAGGGGAACAAGAAGUGCACAGAUGGAUUCAGCGACUCCUCCAGCAUCGGUAGCGUGUUGGAUGAUGCAGACAGGGAGGUAAGCAACCUCACAGACCGGGCGUUCCGGAGCUUGUGCAUCUCAGAGGAUGCAUCCUUCCAUGAUUCCAAUCUGUCCCCAGAUAUCACCCAUCAGGUGUUUGGGACUUUCCACCAGGGAACAGUGAGUCACACCCACAGAAAAAGUGGCAUUUGGAGCCAGCUUCCGUCACAAGGUACCGAGCAUGCAGGCUGGGCAGCCACCUUCCAACAGCUACCCAAGUAUGUUCAAGGAGAGGAAAAGUACCCCAAAAGCAGCCCCCCACCAACACCAUCCCAGAGGAGACUGGAGAUGCCAGUUUCUGGCUUGAGGAGCAGCAACAAGCCUGUUUCCAAAGUAUCAUCGCUAAUCAAGUCUUUCGAUAGGACUGAGAGCCAACAUUGUGAUAGCAGACCUCCCACCAGCAAGCCUCCAGCUCUCAAAAAUCCUUCCAAGUUUGCCCCUCUUCCAGACAGUGGUGUCAACUUCUGCUUUGAUUCUGCUUUUCUGACUGUCAGGAGGGUUCCUGCUGAAGUCUCCAACGCCCAUCAGAACAGCCUCCAGCCUGGAAGGAACCACGGAGAACAAGAGUCGCCUAAGAAUCCUGAAAUGGCCUGUCAUGGCUCCGGCAGCUUCCUCCCCAAACCUGACAACUCAGCCAGCUCAUUUGAGUCAAGAUUCCCCUCUCCACCCCACAAGCCAGCCAAGGCCGAACCCGUAAGAGGCAAGGAGUGGGCUCACAAAGGGACUUUUCUGCACAGUGAAAACAGUGCUUUUGAGUCAUGGAACGCCCACCAACCAAAGCUGCUCGAGAGAAAGGACAUCGCAGAAACCAUCCCAGAAAGCAAAGUUCCCAAACAUUAUGAGGAAACGCCCUUGUCAAGAGAACCUUAUCCCCCUGAGCACAAAGUCUCUCCCUGCCCUGUUCGGGCCAGCUGCACUCAGGAAGAAAGCAGAUUAGCAGCAGGGGCUCUGUCCACAUCUGGACCCUGGGGCUGCAGAGAUCCAGGACCCCCAGUAUUCCCUGCAGAGGGAAAAGCUUCCAGCUCACAGCCUGACCCUCAGCUGAAGUCAACCCAGCCUCCAUGGAGGAAACCAAAAACUGGCAAAGGAGGUAAAGAAAGUCUUCAAGACACUUUGGAAGAAAAGAAACAGACCAACAGGAGAGGCCCGCCUCUGCAUUCAAAGCACAACCUCCAGGGGCAAUUUCCAGAAGAUGAGGCUCUGGACAUGCCUGGGGACCCUAAUGAGCAUUACAGUCCUCCUUUUAAUAUCAGUAAGCUCCUGACCCCCAUUAUACCCACCAAGCAUGUCCUGGAAUCAUCAGACACCCAGUCAGGGGAGAUAAGCCCAUCCCCCACAGGACAGCUGAACGGAUACCAGGAGAAGGAGCCCAGUGAAUGUCAGUCAAGAGACAGCUACAAAUCCAAAGCACCCAGUCUGUUGUUCAACCUCAAGGAUGUGCGGAAGCGUGUUAAGAGUACAUACAGUCCCUCACCUCUCUUGAAAGGCUUCGAUGAGAAAACCAGAAUUAAGACUGAUGGCAAGCAAGAACCUGUGAGCAAUGGGGUCAUCCUCUCCAAUGGGCUUGAAGAAAGCCCUCCUAGUGAACUUUCUAAGGAGAGACCAGCCAAUGUCCCUGGUGCAUCACAUAGCGGUACCCAGAAGGACCCUACCACAGACCCCAGUGAGCCCUCUGCAGACAAUCACCUCACCCUCAGCUCACCUCCAACUGUCACCAAAGCCCUCUGUGUCAAUGGGGAGGCUGUAGAAAGGAGCAGUGAUGGGAAGGAAGAUGCCAACGGAGAGGCAGAGCUGUGUCCCACCAGGCCAGGUUGGAGUCCAGACUCCAGGGAACGCCACCCCAGGAAGCACCUCUCCUUGAAACUUUGUAAUAGGGAGCUUGAGGCCGGACAGGCUGCAGAGCAAACCAAGAGCCAUCAGCUGGAGAACAGGCUCUCAAGAUCCAUCUCCCAAGAGACAGAGCCAGAGAGAGACCUAAGACUUCAGAACCCACUCCUGAACCAGAAAUUCUCCCCAGGGCCCCUCUCCCCCGAGGAGGAGGAUGUGUUUUACAGCGACACCCAGUCCGAUUUUAUGCCAAGCCUCCAAAGUAAGGCCAAAUUCAGCACCAGCUCUUCAGAUCAAUCCUUUGCCUCGUUUGAUGAUCAGCAGAAGUCGUGGUUUACUGAGAGCCAGCGGGAAGACAGGAAGAAAGAUGUGAGUGCAGGUGACAGUGAGAAGGAAGAGAAGGAAAAGGUGAUGGGGAAAGAUGAGCUACAGCACUGUGCUUUAAGAAACGGACACGUGUUCAUGGAGGAGCACAGUCAGGGGGAAGCACUGCAGAGAGAAGAGGAAGGUCUGUGUGGAGGGAGACCCAGGAAGGCAUCGAUGGAGGAAGGAAAUUUCAGAGGCUCUUGGAUUGGGGGAAAUAAGGACAUGGCCCUUUCACAUGCCAAAGACUCCACCCCCUCUCCAUCUUCUGCUACAAACAAGCACAAACUGUUUUCGAUUAAAGACAACACCCUUAGGGCCACCCCUGUGAUCAAACCUAUCAUUCUGCCUCUUCUGCGGACUGUGUCCUCAGAGGACUCACUUGGCAGUAGCUACAAAGAAGAAGAAUUACCAAGGCAAGAGUGGGGUGAAGAUGCUGCUGGUCUCUGUGCCCAUGAAAGCCAGGAAAUGCCCAGCACCCUGACAUCCACUAAUAUGCAGGGCACUCACUUGAAGCACAUGGCCUGUGAAGGCCUAAAAGACCCUGGGCAGGUAUUCAGUGCAGCCAGGAUAGAUAACUCCCAACCAGCCCUGAAGGGGAAUUUCCCAUCUCCAUCACCGGUGGGAGAGGGGGACAGGAUGAGGCCACCCCCAGAAGCAGCACAUGAAAUCAUGACAAGCGAUGGCAAGAGCAGGCCCACAGCCUCAGGGAAGCUGGUUGCUCCACCCGAUAUCCCCAGGAUUGCUCUACCUGAGGACGAUUUAGAAGACGAGCGCCCCCUGCAGUCACUUGGCACUUGUUGGGAAGAGCAGGAACAGAGACAAGGCUUCCAAAGUCACUUUUUGUCUGCCCCCAGAGCAGGGCCCCCUGGGAGAAGAACGGUCCCUGGUGAGAUGGCAACUUCCCCCAAUCCCAGCUCCCUGGGAGAGAGCAGCGCGUGCUCCCCGGCCACCAGCAGUGUUUGGGAUGAUGUUUCCCAGGCUCCUGAGGAACUGGGUCCUCCGGGGGAGCCUCCCCGGGCCAGCCCCUGGGCGAGCCCGGGUCCUGCCAGGCUUACUCGGCGGGAGGACCUGACGCACGGCCUCGUGUGGGAGGACAGCUCCGACCCCCAACUCGAGCCGGGGGCGGAAGACCUCCGGACCAUCUCUCCACGAGGUGCACUGCUGGACGUGGCCACCAGCUCAGCAGCCCCUCUUGAGAAACCAGAGCCACCUGCUCAGCUGGAGAGGGCCGCCGGCAAGCCACCGGCAGUCCCACCCAAAACGGAGAAGGCCCUGCGACGGGCCAAGAAACUAGCAAGCAAGAGGAGAAAGACCGACCUGGUGCAGGAGAAGCAUAGCGAGUUCUGGGAGGGGAAACCCUGCGCAGAGGACUCACAGCGGACCGAGCGAAGGCCGCUGUCACCUGGAGAGAGGUCCCGCGCCAGGUUCCCUGUGGUCCGCUCCUUGCCUCCUCCCGCGCAUCGCCACUCAGUAUCCGGGGUCUCUGAGCCUGUGGGGAGGCGGCCUUGGGGGCCCCAGCCCCUCACGCCCCUGCCCGCUUACCCCGCCACCCAGAAGGUCCUUCAGGAUCCCCAGUCUGGAGAAUACUUCGUCUUCGACUUGCCACUCCAGGUGAAAAUCAAGACCUUCUACGACCCAGAGACUGGCAAGUACGUUAAGGUCUCCGUCCCAUCCUCUGAGGGGACCUCCCCUGAGCCGCCCCUACAGGAUGCCCUGGCUGCUCCCUACCUGCUGUACCCUGGCUUCCGGCCAGUGCCAGUGACCGCCCUGAUGCCUCUACGCUGCUCCUCCCAGCUGUCUGCCCCCACCUUCCUCAGGCAAGGCCCCCGCGCCAGGCCCCAGAGUGCCCACGAGGCUGGACUACAACAGAUCCCUGGGCCUCAGGGCGACUCCACUCAGCAUGCUGGUGCCCAGCGCCCCCGGGGACCGCCCCGGAGCCCAGAGGAGGAGGGCGCAGAAGCUCCAGGCCUGGGCAUCAUCUCCACUGACGACCUGGAAGACUUUGCCACUGAAGGCAUUUCUUGA